AAAUAUUUCUGUGGAUCCUGAGAUAUGCAUCAUCAAGAUUGUUACCAAUUAUGCUCAUCAGAAUUCAACAUCUCUUUCUCUAUCCAUUUUCAAUUGUUUUCCUCCUCUUCGUUCUCCCGAGUUCGACAGCUGCACCUAUUGGAGUAUGUUACGGCCGGGUUGCGAACAACCUCCCACCGCCAUCCUCGUUUGUGAAACUCCUCAACUCUAAUGGCAUCAAGAAUGUACGCAUUUUCGACGCGGAUCCGGAAACGCUGAAAGCCUUUUCAGGCAGCAGAAUCAGCCUAGUGGUUGGUGUCCCUAAUGAAAAUCUCCGGUUUCUUGCUGAUGCAGACGUUAAAGCCUCUCUUGAUUGGCUUCAAUCAAAUAUCUUUGCCCAUAUUCCUCCUUCCCGAGUUAAGUACAUUGCUGUUGGUAAUGAAGUCUUGCUUAAAAAUCCAUUCUACACACGUUAUGUAGUUCCUGCAAUGAUGAAUCUUUAUGAAGCAUUAACAAUGCUGAAUCUUGAGAGUAGUAUUAAGCUAUCAUCACCUCAAGCUGCUUCAGUUCUGUCUAGUUCGUAUCCUCCAUCAUCAGCCGCUUUCGUCCUUAUCUUGAAUCCAUUAUUGUUCCUCUUCUUCAAUUUCUUUCCGAUAGCAGGUCACCUUUGAUGGUCAAUAUAUACCCUUACAUAAGCUACAUAAACAAUUUGAAACAUGUGAAUUUAGACUAUGCAUUAUUCAAAAGCAAAGAUCAUACAAUGCAUGACGGCGAGUUAACAUAUGCUAGUCUUUUUGAUGCAAGUAUUGAUUCAUUUAUAUAUGCAAUGGAUAAAGAAGGGUUCCCCGGAAUCAAGGUUGUCGUGACGGAGACUGGGUGGCCGACGGACGGUGGAGAAGGGGCGAGUAUCAAGAAUGCAUUUGUGUAUAAUAAAGAGGUGGUGAAGAAGGUAAUGGAUAAUGUUGGAACACCAAAAUGGCCUAAUGAGGAGAUAGAGACAUACUUGUUUGAUAUUUUUGAUGAGAACAUGAAAAUAGGAAACGAGUAUGAGAAGCAUUUUGGGAUUUUUGGGCUUGACGGUAACAAUGUUUAUAAUCUUACUUUCCAUUGAUAAGUUUGUUAGGUGAAUGAUGUGGACCGUUUCUGGAUAAUCUCAAUUAAGGUAUUUGGAUUA